AGCUGUAAAAGCACAGCUGCUGUGGUUCAGUCGUUAAGUCAAAUUGUGUGACGAUUGGUGGGUCGUUGCAGCAGCCUGCUGCUUCGAAUCAUUCGAAGUUGUGAAAUCAUUUUCACGGUUUGCGUUGCCAACCCGACGGCGGAGUCGUAGUCGGUGAGCCCGCACUGUAUCAAUAUAUUCUGUAUGACGACCUUCCCAGUGAUACGGUGAUGACUGAUAACUGAAAAUCAUAUGUGCGCGGAUACGAAUACGAAAGUCGUCGAGCCUUAUUUUUCGAUACAAAUCGACAUAGUGGGUUAAGAUAAGUUUAGCCCACCGGGCAGUCGACGACGAAAAUGGCUUUAACCAACGUUCAAAGGAUUCUGUUUCGUGCGCCGCCAUCCACUCGGCACAUCGUAGGCAAGGCUCUGCAAGCAACAUUGGGACCGAAACCGCAAAAACCUGCGCCAUUCCCGUACAAAGAGAAGGACUACACAAUGCUCAACAGUUUGUUCGACAAGACCACUUCACGUUUUGACGAGAACAGCAAGUUGAUUGUUCUUGAAGGACCUGUCGGAAUUGGUAAGACGGCUGUUGGACAUCAGCUUGCCGAUUUAUUGGGUAUGCAUUUUAUGCCGGACAUAACAAUGGAUGCGUAUUACAUAAAUGACUAUGGUUACGACAUGCGAAAACUAGACCCUCAACUGCCGAUCAAUUGUCGUAGUUUCGACGAGAAGAAUUUCCUUGAAAACCCGGAACAUUUUAAUGCUGCUUCAUUUCAAAUAAUCAAAUACAAGUUACGCUAUGCUCAUUACAUUGACGCCAUUGCACACUUGUUAAACACUGGAGAAGGUGUCAUUAUUGAACGCAGUCCAUACAGUGACUUUGCAUUUUUAGAAGCAAUGUAUAAAUGCAAGUAUGUCAGUAAAGCAGCACGUGAAAUGUACUAUAUACUGUACAAGCAUGCUAUGCCAGAUUUGUUGCAUCCUCAUUUGGUUGUCUACUUGGAUGCACCAGUACCAAGAUUAUUAGAUCUUGUAAAAGAAAGAAAACUACCUCAUGAAGUUAAUUCUAAGGCAAUGAAUACUAAGUAUUUAGAAACUAUGGAUAGCGAAUUGAAGUAUAAAUUUUUGAGGGAUAUCAGCAACCGAUCUGAGGUAUUAGUUUAUGAUUGGUCAGAAGGUGGAGAUGCAGAAAUAAUUGUGGAAGAUUUAGAACGCUUAGAUAUCGACAACUAUGAUGAGAAUGACCCUAAGAUACAAGACUGGAGUUAUUCAAGAGAACAAUACUGGGCCGAUGUACGAAUGAAAUAUACCAAUUGUAAAGAAGAUUUAAUGUCUAAUUUUAAUGUCCCUCUUGUCGAUGCUCCAGAACUUCUUAUAUCUGGGGAGGAAGCCGAAGUUUUAACACAUGCUUGGUUCAAAGCCGAAGGAAAUACACACGCAGAAGGUUAUGAUCCGAAAUACCAUAGCUUUACAGAGUUGUUAUUCAAAACCAAGGCUAAGAAAGGCUGGAGUCCAGUAUCGUAAAGGGAAAAUACAUUUAUGAUUUUGUAUAAUUUUAUUCGUAAAUUUUAGCUUAGCUACGACAAAAAUACUCGUCGUCCUGUUCUGUUUAAAUAUAAUUUACAUUGUAAUCGUAUCGCCGAACAUUUAAAUACAAUAUUUAUAUAUUAUUA